GGCAAAUGCAGGAUAUAUCAGUUCAUUAGAUGGAUAACUUCCAUGGAAUUCUCUUUCAAAUGAAAUAAAAUUUGGACAACCUCUAUAAAUCUCUAUAGAUUUGCGUAUAACAAGGGUUUAGUGUUACAACUCCAUGAAAACUGAAAAAAACCAAGAGUAAUCCUGACAAUGAAGCAAUAUUUCUGAUUGGAAAGUUUCUCCCAAAAAAAAAAAGAAAAAAAAAUUCUUCCAACUGCCAUUCUUACAAAGCUAAUUUCUUUCAUCUUUCAAUCAAUGGCAAAAGGGUGGGAAAAACUUUCUCAUAAUUUCGUUGCUGUUUUUGCUUUGUUAGUGUUUUUCUGUAAUGAGGUUUUUUGUGAGGAUAAGUACAUAACAGCAGUGGGAGAUCCAGGAAUGAGAAGGGAUAGUCUGAGAGUGGCCAUUGAAUCUUGGAAUCAGUGCAAUGAGGCAGGACAAGAAACUCCUCAGGCUGGUAGCCCAAGGGCUGCUGAUUGCUUUGACAUUUACCAAACUUCUCCAUUAGAAAUAGGCAAGGAUUGUUUGGGCUGCUCUCUUCUUCCAUACCUACUUGUCCACAGAGUCACACCCAUAGACAAUGCAUUGAGAACAGGAAUUCCUUACCCUGGAAUCCAACCAAAUGUUCUAUUCGAUGUAGAUCUUUAUGCAGCAGAGAAGGAGCUUUUCUUAGGCUCAAAGUGUCAAGUUGAAGACACCCCAAAUCCAUGGCAAUUCUGGAUGAUCAUGCUCAAGAGCGGUAACAUGGAUACCUAUGCAGCCAAGUGUCCUGAAAAUGGUGUCAGGAUUGGACCUUUUGGUCCGGACAAUAGAUUCCCUUGUUUUGGACCUGGUUGUAUGAACCAGCCUAAUAUUUACCAUGAUUAUACCUCAUUGCAACGACCAACCUUUGAUACUCUCAAGGGAAGGUUUUAUGGGUCAUGGGAUUUACAAGCUGAUGUAAGACAGGGAAUGUUGGAAAAUACUUCUUACCAUUCUGUUACAUGGAGCAAAGAAGUCAAAAAAGGCAGUUGGGUUUUCCACCAUAUUUUGAGAACUUCACCAGACUAUCCAUGGUUGAUGCUUUAUCUGAGAUCCGAUGCCACCCAAGGAUUUUCUGGUGGAUACCAUUACCCUACAAGAGGAAUGUCCAAAAUUAUUCCGGAAUCACCAAACUUCAAGGUGAGGUUCACAUUGAAUGUAAUCAAAGGUGGGGGUCCAAACAGCCAGUUCUAUCUGAUGGACAUGGGGAGUUGCUGGAAGAACAAUGGGUUACCUUGUGAUGGGGAUGUGACUACAGAUGUGACCAGAUACAGCGAGAUGAUCAUAAACCCAAGCACAACCCCAUGGUGCAAUCCCAACAGCCUCAAUGUCUGCCCUCCUUACCAUACUUUCGCCAACGGCACCCGGGUCCACCGCAAUGACACUGCUCGGUUCCCCUACGCUGCAUAUCACCUGCACUGCUCUCCUGGUAAUGCACAGCACCUGGAAGAGCCGUAUGAUUUGUGUGAUCCGUACAGCAAUCCACAGGCCCAGGAGAUCUUGCAGAUUCUUCCACACCCUGUCUGGGGUGAGUAUGGAUAUCCCACAUCCCAAGGUGAGGGCUGGAUUGGAGAUCCCAGGACAUGGGAGCUUGAUGUUGGGAGGCUGUCUCAAAAUCUUUACUUUUACCAGGAUCCAGGAACUCCACCAGCUAGAAGGCAGUGGUCCUCUAUAGAUUUGGGAACUGAAAUUUACAGAGAUCCUAAUCAAGUUGCUGAAUGGACUGUUAGUGACUUCGACAUCAUCAUACCUAUAAGCAAUGAAUGAAGGCCAUGGAAUAGCACAAGCUUCACUAUUACAUAAUAUAUGUUUUCAUUCGGUUUUCUUUUUCUUUUACUCUUCUUAAAGAAAACCAUUUUUUUUUAGUUAGGUUUUUGUUCUUUUUAUAUGAGUUAUUUUUUAGAAUAGAAGUUGUCAGAUUAUCAUUAAUGAUUGCUCCAAUUAGAAUGACAAGAUUUUUUGAUGGUGAUAUUAAAGAUCAUAUUUUACCAUAUCUCAUAUAACUCCAAGUAAACUGCUAUUUAGAAUGCUACUUUGUU